CCGGGUUCGGCUGGAGGUCCCGGAGCGAGGGGGGAGGCGGACACGACUUCGCGGGGGAACUCUGAGCACGACCCCUUCCCCCGCAUGGAGAAGUUGGAGGCUGCUGCUUUGCUUCCCGGGCGCAGCGGGAAACAGAGGGGCCCUGUGGCCCCUCCUCGCCGACCCUUGCUCCUGUCCCCCCUUUCCCGUUGCUGGCUGCUGUCCCCGUCCCCACUCCGGCCCCUUCUUCUGUUGGCCUUGGAGCACUCCAGCCCCUCUGCUGCUGAUGGGUUCAGAGAUGGGCAGUGAGAAGGAGCAGAGUCCGGAAGCACCCCUGCCUGAGGAAGGGGAAGGGGGGAAGCCUUGGCGAGUGGAUGACCCAGAGGGUCCUCAGAUCCCACCUCGGGAGGAGAGCCUGUCGGAGGGGCCGCAAGGAACCCACCCCCAGCCGCCUUGGCAGAAAGCUGCUGCCCCAGCCGGAGAGCCAGGGGGCCCUAUCGCUCACCCACGGCCCGAGGCAGACGGGAAGCCCUUUACCUGUGCCCAGUGCGGCAAAACCUUCAAUAACACCUCCAACCUGAGGAUGCACCAGCGGAUCCACACCGGCGAGAAGCCUUACAAGUGUUCCGAGUGCGGCAAGAGCUUCUCCAGGAGCUCCAACCGCAUCCGGCACGAGCGGAUCCACCUGGAGGAGAAGCACUACCAAUGCCCCAAGUGCCAGGAGAGCUUUCGGCGGCGCUCGGACCUCACCACCCACCAGCAGGAUCACCUGGGCAAGCGGCCCUACCGCUGUGACAUCUGCGGCAAGAGCUUCGGCCAGAGCGCCACGCUGGCCGUGCACCGCCGGACCCACCUGGAGCCAGCGCCCUACAUCUGCUGCGAGUGCGGCAAGAGCUUCAGCAACAGCUCCAGCUUCGGCGUGCACCACCGCACGCACACAGGCGAGCGGCCUUACGAGUGCGCCGAGUGCGGCCGCACCUUCAGCGACAUCUCCAACUUCGGGGCGCACCAGAGGACCCACCGUGGGGAGAAGCCCUACCGGUGCACUCUCUGUGGCAAACACUUCUCCCGGAGCUCCAACCUCAUCCGCCACCAGAAAACACACCUGGGCGAGCAGGCCGGCAAGGAUUGCAGCUGAAGGGGGUCCCAUUUAGACAGGGAGACCGCACGAGACCCAACCUAAUGGAGAAAGUCGAUCUUUAGGGUAUGCCGCUGCCACUUGACCUCAAGCCCUUCCAUCCCACAUGUGGGGGAUGGUGUCCGAUUACAGUGAAGCCUCCGGGAAGGUGUUAAAAGGGGCUCUGAAUGACAAUCCUUGCCUCUUGGCAGGAGGUUUCUUGCCCUGGAGAGUCAGAGGCCCCAGUUCUGGCUUCUGCUGCACGAGGUGAACAAGGAAUGGGAUGAUCGCAGAACAUGCUUGGGCCAUUAGGGCAGCAGCCCCCGGCCUCCCAGGAAGUAGCUGUGAGAUGGGGUCACGUCUGAAGGUCCUCCAGACUGUGAACCACUUAGGGUGCAACACCAUGGCCUGCUGGUUCCCCCUGCAGUCCCCGACGUAGCUUCUAGAUGCCCGGGCUGCAAGGAGCAGCCUUCCCAGUGGGAGGGGUCUCCUUGGCCUGGAGAAGAGGUUUGAGGUCCUGCCUCAGGGAAGCCCUCAGGGAGCCAUGGUCCAGCAACCUUCACACUACCCCACGUUUGUACCCAUUCUCCCCAUCCCGACCCGCAUCUGUGUCCUCAGAGAGAUUGGCAGUAAAACCUUUCAACGAAAAGGACCUGUGUACUUAUUCGGGGAAGUGGGAAGCCGGGGAGAUUGUCCCAGUGCAGCCGUUGUGGAAGGAGUUGAAGUCUAGGAUGGAUGGACAGACAGCUGCUCUGAAAGCAAAGGAAAGUCGGCUGAGACCGGGGCCUUUGGGGAGAAGGGGAAACGUGGGACCUGGCAUUAAUCAAGUAUGCAGUCUGUGCUGUUGGUUCUACCCGCCACGUUGACAUCCUGUAUCUUGUGCAGCUGUGACAGCCACCCUCAAGGG